UGUUAAUCCCUAUAGGUUGCGUUAAACGUCUAAGGUUGUUGGGCGAGCGCCUGAUUUGUAGACUGUCACUUGUUUCGGAGCUUUCAGAUAGUGAUGUCGUUUUUCGAAUUAGUUCAUGAUGCACCACCAAUCGAAGUAUAUGCACUAACAGAAGCAUGUAAUGAAGACAAAGAUACUCACAAAGUUAACCUUGGCGUUGGUGCGUAUCGCACAAAUGAAGGCAAACCAUGGGUUCUACCUGUAGUUCGAACGGUUGAGUCCCUCAUGGCGGCUGAUCAUAACCUUGAUAAGGAAUAUCUUCCAGUAUCUGGUAUUGAUAUUAUGUGCAAAGCGGCAACUAAACUCGUCCUUGGGGAAGAUUGUAAACUGAUUGCUUCUAAAAAGGCAGACAGUUGUCAAACGUUGGGAGGAACAGGUGCAGUGUAUUUAGCUCUCCAGUUCCUAUCAAAUAUUUCCAAAUGUACUACUGUCUACAUUUCCAACCCUUCAUGGCCUAACCACAAGGGUAUAUCUCUCCUUGUCCGUUUGGACAUAAAGGAGUAUCGUUACUGGGAUCCUUCGUCUAGAAAGGUCAACUUUACUGGGAUGCUAGAGGACCUAAACAAAGCCCCUGAACGAGCUAUUGUCAUUCUGCAUGCCUGUGCUCAUAACCCAACUGGGACUGAUUUAUCUCAUGAUCAGUGGAAUCAACUGGCAUUACUUAUCAAGGAGAAAAAACUUUUCCCUGUAUUUGACAUGGCUUACCAAGGAUUUGCUAGCGGAAACCUAGAUAAUGAUGCAUGGGCUGUCCGUUUAUUUGCUUCGAUGGGGAUGGAGAUGUUUAUUGCUCAAUCAUUUUCGAAAAAUUUUGGACUUUAUAAGAUUUCGAUCAAAGUUACAGAAGGGUUCUUUACGACUAUUCAUUGCUUCUAUUUGUGCAACUAGACGGUAUCACACUCUACACCAACUCAUUACAUUAUGCACAUAAAAGCACACGAUUAUCAAUUACUAUUGAAGAAGAAAAAAAUCAAAUGACUGUGUAAUCAUGGAAUUAUUUCAAAUCACCAAAGAUGAACGUGUAGGCAAUCUAAUAUUUAUCACACAAGAUCCAGUAACUACAUCACAUGUGAAAUCACAAGUGAAAUUAUUAAUUCGUCAAACAUGGUCCAAUCCACCACAACAUGGUGCACGAAUUGUUGCUACCAUAUUAAAUAAUAUUUCGUUAUUCAAUGAAUGGAAAACAUGUGUGAUUACAAUGGCCCAACGUAUUCGUGAAAUGAGACAGGGACUUUAUGAGCGCUUGAGAAGUUUGGGAACACCUGGGAAUUGGGAACAUAUCAUUAAUCAAGUUGGCAUGUUUUCAUAUACCGGUCUAACACGUAAGUUUUGAUUAAUUGUAUGAAUUAUUUACUAGAAUCCAUCAUGCAUUUAUUUCAUAUUAUAAAGUUAGCUACUUAGUAAGUAUAAGUAGUACGCCUUUUUAUAUGACAUUUAUAAACGAACAGGGUGAUUUUCAUGACCAUCAAAAAUGUCUGUUUAAAUGUAAAUUAAGGUUUCAAAUUUCUGUAAUAAAUAUAAAAGCGCUUUGUGUUUCACUUUUAAUAUACUGUAAUCUGGCUUACUGCAAGUGAUCAGGGACAAGCAUAACUUGUCAUCAAAGUUAACCAGAUAAAAACUUUCUGAUUUUAUUGGUAUUAUGUUACUAAUUUGGUUAUCUAUCUUUUUCACCAUAUUGCACACUGAAUAUACUUUGGAUUUUGACAUUUCAGGAAAUAUACAGAUAUAUUGUUUCUUCGUAUAAUUUAAAAGUAUUCUUUCUUAGGAUUCAUUCUCAGUAAAUUUGAGUUGUUUAAUUCUGUCUAUUAUUCUUUAACCAUAACUUAUCAACUUCACUUCACUGUGAAAGUGAAUAAAUCCGUACAUUGUUUAGAUUCCAUGACAAAACUAAUUGAUGAAACACUUUCAUUAUCUUAUGACAACAUUCAUAUUGUCUGGUUGCUUUUAUAAAACAGAGCAAUUAGUUCAUUCAGAUCAUUUUGUUAACUAAAUUUAUAAAGCUAAUUCGUUAGGAUGUAAUCUUCACAUGUUAUUCGCUAUUAUUAUUAGAUUUUACAAUUAUUCUGGAAUUAUUUAUGUGUUACUUUAUGCCCGUUUGUUGCUGUAUGAUAUCACAAGAAAUAAUUUAUGUUUUCUAAUUUACAAUCAUUAUUUGUGUGCAUUGUAAAAACACUCAAUAGAGGUGUUUGUAAUUAUGCACAGCAUUUUUUCUACAGAUUUAAUGACAUAGACCUUUUAUAUUUAUAUAAAUCCUUAUCUCAACUAGGUAUGAGAACUACUGUUAUGUAGACUUCUUGUCUUAUUUCGUAACUUUGGUUUCAGGAUUUCAAGAGUCAGUGUAUUGUUAUUAUUAUUACUAUUAUUAUUAUUAUUAACUCAGUAUCGAAAUCAUAAUGAUAUGACUUAUCUCAGACUUAAACUUUGGUAUUGGUUAACUAUAAAUAAUUAACACUACUCAUCUUGCUUUGUCUUAGCUCCUCCGUUUAUCAAGUUGAACACCUUGUGUUAGGUUGUACGGGAUAAAUCAAUACUUAAAAAUCAAUACUAUUUGAUAAAUUGACUGCACAGUUGAUCUCAUCUAACUUGAUUUUUGAUGUUUUAUCGUUUAUAUAUGAAGAGAGGGUGGUGGAAGAUCCUCCUACCGUUUUAACCAAAAUCUAAUUCUCACCUUUCUCGACCAACUUAGUUUUGUGACUAGUCACAUUUAUUUCACGUACACAACGUGACAGAUUUUCCACUUAUUUUAUAUGGGGACUUGUAAAAAAAAAAAUCAAUAUUGUCACUAUUCUGACUCAUUCAUUCUUUGUGUGGGUUUCAACUAAGCUUUGAUCAAUAUGGUGGGCAUAAUUGUUAAUAAACUCAACUCUUCCAAAAAAUAAAUAACCUACAAAUUUACACAUACACAAAUAAAUUUACAUGUUUUCACUCGUCCUGUGUAAAUCCUAUGAGUCCUAUAUUAUACCCAAGCACAUUACAAUGUGCCGUUGUUAAUUAUGGUGAAUUUAGGUCGAUAUUACUUAGUCGUAUUAUAAAAGGUUUUAAUUUUCUCGUGAGGGCGAAGUGUUUGAGAAUCGUUAACAAUUGUCCGAUGAUUUAUUUCUAUUGGUUGAACAUAUAUUUAAACAUUGUAUUUAGUUCUAAUGGAAUAGAAUCAAUAGAUCAAGCUUAUUGUGCUAUAUUUUUAUAUUGCAUUAAUUAUAUUCAGUGUACACUUGAUAUAAGCGAAGAUGAGGAGAGGAGAAUAAUUAAAAUUGCUUAUUUUAUCUUUAUUUUUACUAUCGUAUGAGCCUCAGUUUACUUUUUCUAUUAGCUCAUUAUUUGAAUCAAUAAUAAAUUAGGUGAAUCGACUCACAUAACCGGAAAUGAUCUUUUGGGUAUAUUUUUUCUUAUUAAUUUAUCUUCAGUAAGUACGUUCAUGUAUUUGUACUUGACAAUGAGCUACAUUUAUAAUAUUAAAAUAAGAAAUACUGCUGAGUUAUCCGAACCAAUUUAGGAGAAACGUAGUUGGGAUCGAAUACCUGAAGGAAAAACGACACAUGUAUUUAUGUUUAAAUAUUUACUUUUAUCUUCAUUUUUAAUGUACAAUUGUAUAGCAUAUUAGAAAUGGAGGUAUGUGGUAAGAUAGUGCUUUUGUCGUUAUGGUUAAAGGAAUGAAUACACUUGAUAAAUAUACAAACAUAAUCUCGUUUAUUAACCGUCUCUUGUUCAUAUUUAUAAACCUGUGACGAUCUUAGUGAAAGGGGUGAUAAAUACUUCACCAUUAUACGUAGAACUUACAGCGUAACCUUGAUGACCAGUUGGUCGUCGGUAACUUUUAAAACAUAGCUGAUCUAUGUAACAUUUAAGUGGUUCCAAAGCUGGUCGAUUACAGAUCUUUCCUAAUACAUUGUGAUGAAUUGAUAAAGUUGUGAAAAUAUUUCAAUCGUGAUCGUUGAGACAUACACUGAACAUUUUCGGUUAACAUUUAUCUUGAGAGUUCCUUCGUAACUGAAGUAAGGAAGAGACAGGUUCUUCAUAAAUAAACCAUCAGCCUUGUCUGGGACAGGAUUAGGUUGAGAUAAGGCCGGAACCAGUCAAAUUGAGACGUAGCAUCAAUCUGCGAAGUCGGCUGUCGAUCUAACCAGUAUUGGUAAGUACAUAUUAACCAAUUAGGGUCCGGACGACUUGUUAAGAAAACAAAUCAAGAUGAGGUUUACCUCAGUAAAUAGAUUCCUUUUUUAAAAUUACUUUCAUCUUUAAAUUAUCUCUUCUUUAUUAACAAAUUAUUUGUGUUAAUUUUUGUUUUGUUCUUUGAUUGGUAGCUGAACAAAUCUUGAUGUUUCAUAUACAUCAUUUAUUUAUUAUCUGUGUAGGUUUCGCCAGCUAUUGACUAUAAUUAACUCCUGUACCAUCAUAAAGCUCUUUACUAUUUUACAAUCCUGUUUUAUGUGUAAGAAAUUUUUUUGGAACCUACAUUAACUCCUUGUUUAUACCUUUUUCCUAGCUAAAUCAUUUUGUGUGUUAGAAAAUGUUUUUCUUUUGAGUUCACUCUAAUCUUGGUACACAUCUGUAACACUUGUACAGAAGUUAAAGCACUCAUUUGCACAUAAAUACAAGAGCACACAUAAAUAAAACUUGACAUGCACAUUUAAUACCUAGUACUAAAACAUUAGACUUUUCUGUUAGUUGAAAUCGUGGUUUUAUUUCCUUCUCACAUGAUCAAUCGAUAUUGUCUGAUUUCAUCAUAGUCAAUGCUCAAAAGUAGUAUACAAAGGGGGCAAAUAUAAGUAUUUGCUCAAUUCAUUUCUGAUUGGUCAACGGUACUCUUAAUUCCACUCUUCUGAAUUUUCUAUACUGCUAUACAAAUUCAAUAAUAGUUUCCGUUCUCAUUUCAAUCUACGGGAAAAUUUGUUGUUAGUCCAAAAAAAUCCCAGAGUCAAUGAGAAGAAUAAUCGAUAAAGCUGUUUAUACAACAUCAUCUACUCAGCCUACACAUAUUGAUGGGAUAUAUAUAUAUAUAUAAUGUUGCUCAAAAUUUGAGGUCAUUAACAAAUGAUAAGUGUACACACACUGACAAAUAUAUACAAAAAUACACUAUAAUGUUGAACUUACGUUGAGAAAUGGUGAUUAUUUAUGAAAAUGUGCUUUCUUGAUUUGUUUAACUGUAAACAUAACUUCGUUUAAACAAAAACAUACAUACAUGCAUACAAAAAUGUGUGUGUGUUUUUCACGACACAUCUAUCAUGAGGAAGUUUUUUCCUAUCAUAGUUGAGGUUUUAGUCAACCUAAUCAGUUAGUGAAAAAUAGGAAAACUCAUGCCUAAUAUUAUUUAGUUGUUAUCAUUACAUGUCUACAUUAUUUGUAGGCGAUAAUUGCGUAGGAUGACAAAAAACGUGCUGAAGCACCAGUCUCAAAAUAGUUGAAUAGUCUACAACAUUGAUAUAUAUAAAUACAGAUACGCUAUGUAUGUGUGACAUAUCUACUAUCGUUCGACGACUAUAACACAUCUAAUAAUUCUCUUCUACUCAUUUCAGUGAUAAUCUCAAUUACUGUAGGCACCUGGCUAUUAUUGUGUGCAUGUACGCACACAUGUGUACAAUUUACAUAUUUCC